CCCCCCCUCUGACCUAGACGGCGCCAUAUUUGUUGGCAAACUGUGAGCAGCUGCGCUCUACACGGAGGAGAUGGUGGUGUCCUGUUGGGUAAAUGGCUGCACGAAUCGCGCUGGGGGGCCGAUAAAGUACGGCUUUUACAGCAUCCCGAUAGUCAGACAUCAUGAGGGGGAGCAGACACAGAGAUUAUCAGACGAAAGAAGGAGGCUGUGGCUGGCAAGGAUCAACAGAAAAGAGGAUCCUUCAAAAUACUCAAGAGUGUGUUCAGUCCACUUUGUAAAUGGUAAGCCAUCUGACCUCUAUGCGAGAGCUAAUCCAGACUGGGCUCCGUCUUUGAACUUGUCUAGGAUUUUACCGCCAAGAAGAUCUGCACGGCAAAAACAGCAAUCUAAAGUCACUGUAAAAAGAUAUGCACGAGCUGAAGAGCGAAGAAGAACGAAGGAAAAGCACGAAGUGGCACGCGUGUUACUUGAUCUUCAAAAUAUCCCACCUCCAGAAGAUGACAUAAAUCCAUUGAGUGAUGAACCAACCGGCUUAUUUUACCUGAUGGGAAAAAAUGAACCUAAACAGCCCUGUAAAAAUACAGACCCUGACGCAGAAUACCAGAAACUGCUGACUGAAAAUAUGAUGCUUAAAGCCCAGCUAGACUCUUAUAAAAUCAAGCAGGAAAAUGUAUAAGGAGAAAAAAUGUGCAUAACAGGUGUGUUGUUGGAAGCAAGCAGGCGUGCCAUGAAUGGUGUCGUCAACAAGGUCAUGUGACGUCCAGGAGGCUGUGAGAAAUACAUGUAGAAUAGGAGCUCUGUAAGUGGUCAUUCGAAAGGGUCGGUUCCUUGGGGUGGCUCUUUGAGUCUGCUCUUAUAGGUAAACAUCUGGGGACGCCUUGUGUAUCUAAAGAGCCAUUUUUAUACGAACUGUUAAAAGAAUGUUUCUUUUUCAUUUAGCUGAAGUGAUCUAGAAUAAUGAGCAAAAUGGGUCUGAGUCACUGAAACGUCCUGUUGGAUAACUGAUUGCAUUAAGCAGUAGUUCUGGUUGAAUGAAAGGAGCUGACUGAGUCACGAAAACAUGUCUGGGAGUCGAGCACUAGAUCAACAAAAUGAUACCAUGUUGUUUACUAUUGUUAUGUCUCCAUCAACUGACUAGUAGAGUAUAAUAAGUGUAGUUGAUUUGGUGCCAAAUCAAAUAAUUUCAAUUAAAAGAUGCCAUAUUCAUUUUUGUAAAACAUAUGUACCAUUAACCUCUCUACUGGGGAACAUGGUUAUUUUGCAAUGAAGUAGAGUGUCUCUGUUCAUUUAAUAUUAAAAACAGUUUCAUUUGAA